AUGUCUAUGGAAGAAAAGGAUUUCUACGCACAUCCUGAAGUCGUAUGGCUCCGCCGGGUCACCAUCGCCGCCAUCGUGCUGAUCAUCCUCGCGGGCAUGCUGAGCAUUGUUGCGGUGCCAAUCGCCUGUCUCCACCUGCAGCGCAUUUCUUCUACAAUGCAAGACGAGCUUGGGUAUUGCCGGCUGCGCACCCACGACCUAUGGGACGAGCUGCUCAGGGUGCAAGUGGCGAUGGGGCAACCGGUUGGCCGGCAUAAGCGCGCGGCGAGGGGACAGAAGAAGCCGACGGUCCAUUCCGCAGAAUCCACUCCAGCCGCGACAGCCGCACGCAAAAACUCGAAGCGCCAAAUCUACGCGACGGGACCCGCGCAGCUGGCAGCUUUUGGGCAAUUUAUGCCCGGACAAGAAGCAUACGCGCAAAACAAGCUGGCGGGCUCGGGGCUGAGUCAGCAGCUGCAGAUGCAGCAGCUCGGCCUAGCCCAACAACUCCAAGCAUCGGAUCAGGCCAACCUGGGCGCGUUGUCAAGCCUGGGUGGUGGGCUUGGCGCGGGAUCGAUCAGUCCGGUGGAUGGGAGGGCGGUUACCCCGGUGGCUUCAUCCCUCACUUCAAGCGGAGUGGCUGGGCUUGGUGCUGGAGGACUGGAUGCUCAAGCAUUGGCGGCAGCUGGGAGCCUUGGAGGGCUCUCCCUUCUCUACCUCAGGCUCCUCAUCAGCAGUGAG